UCGCGCCACGUAGCCGCAUGGUGUCUCUGGAGCCUUCUGGCAGAAACUUUGGAAACUGUUUCUCCCCCUUCUGGGAUGGUCUAGAAUUUGGUUUCGGACUAUUAGUCUCUCCACUUUCCUCAUCUUCGAUAUCACUGCUCGUCUAAUUCACUCUUCCGCUGCUAACUGCUGUCUCUCUUAACGUCAUUGGAGGUGGAGUUUGCAAAGCCAAGGAAUGGCUGAACAAGCAUACACUGUGGCAUCUGAUAGUGAAACAACUGGAGAGGAAAAGAUUUCCUCAGCUUUCCCAGAAAUUGCAAUUGGAAUUGACAUUGGCACUUCACAAUGCAGUGUUGCAGUCUGGAAUGGCACCCAGGUGGAGCUCCUUAAGAACACUAGAAACCAGAAGAUGAUGAGAUCAUUUGUCACCUUCAAAGAUGAAAUUCCUUCAGGUGGUGUAAGCAACCAAGUCUCGAAUGAGCUUGACAUCUUAUCUGGAGCUGCAAUUUUCAACAUGAAACGCCUAAUUGGUAGAGUUGACACUGAUCCAGUUGUUCAUGCAAGCAAAAGCCUCCCAUUUUUGGUACAUACAAUGAACAUUGGGAUUCGGCCAUUUAUUGCAGCCUUGGUGAACAAUGUAUGGAGAGCUACCACUCCGGAAGAAGUUCUUGCAAUAUUUUUAGUGGAAUUGAGAACCAUGGCUGAAGAACAACUUAAACGUCCCAUAAGAAAUGUUGUUUUAACUGUUCCAGUUUCAUUCAAUCGGUUCCAACUGACACGAAUUGAGCGAGCCUGUGCCAUGGCUGGCCUCCAUGUCCUCAGAUUGAUGCCUGAACCAACUGCUGUAGCACUGCUUUAUGCACAGCAGCAACAACAGACUAUACAUGAGAAUAUGGGCAGCGGAAAUGAGAAGGUUGCUCUCAUUUUUAAUAUGGGUGCAGGAUAUUGUGACGUAGCUAUAACAGCUACAGCAGGGGGAAUUUCACAGAUAAAAGCCUUAUCAGGGACCACCAUGGGAGGUGAAGACAUGCUUCAGAAUUUGAUGAAUCAUCUCGUGCCAAAUUCAGAGUCUUUCUUCUUCAACCAUGGAAUUAACGAUAUCAAAUCGAUAGGGUUGCUUAGAGUAGCAGCUCAGGAUGCAAUUCACAAGCUCUCUUACCAAACUUCUGUUCUAGUUGAGGUUGACUUGGGAAAUGGGUUAAAAAUAAGUAAGGUUGUGAGUCAGGUGGAAUUUGAGGAAUUGAAUCAUGAUGUGUUUGAGAAAUGUCGAAGCCUCAUAAUCCAGUGCCUGCAUGAUGCAAAGGUGGAAGUAGAGGAUGUGAGUGAUGUAAUACUCGUUGGUGGGUGUUCCCAUAUUCCAAUGAUUAGGAAUGUCGUCAAGGAUAUCUGUAAGGGAAGAGAAAUAUAUGCAGGGAUGAAUUCAUUGGAAGCUGCUGUUACUGGAGCAGCAUUGGAAGGAGCAGUUGCUUCAGGUAUUAGCGAUCCUUUUGGCAAUCUGGACUUGCUAACUAUUCAAGCUACCCCUCUUAGCAUUGGGAUUCGAGCUGAUGGAAACAACGUUGUUCACAUCAUAAAUCGGAACACCACAAUUCCAGCACGCAAGGAGCUGGUUUUCUCUACUGCUCAUGACAACCAAACUGAGGCACUGAUUGCUGUUUAUGAAGGUGAGGGGAAAAAGGUAGAAGAGAACCACCUGUUGGGUUUUUUCAAGAUUACCAGGAUUCCUCCUCUCCCCAAAGGUGUUCCAGAGCUUAAUGUCUGCAUGGACAUUGAUGCUUCAAAUGUAUUGAGGGUUUUGGCGGGGGUGGUGCUGCCAGGGAACAAACAACUAGUGACUCCCUUCAUGGAAGUCAGGAUGCCAACCGUUGACGAUGGCCAUGGCUGGUGUGCUGAAGCUAUUCAUAGAACUCAUGGAUCGACUCUAGACCUGGUUACAUUGUGGAAGAAGGCAAUGGAGUAACAUGUAAUAGAGGGUGACUGUAAUGCUUAAGGUUUUGGCCCUGUGGUGAAUUCUAAACAGAAACAAUUGUCAUGAUAAAUGUUUUAAUCAAGAUGCCAGUGUGUACGUAGUAUUAGGAGUGUAAGACUUGUGUGUUGUCAUGAUACGUUGGAAAAACAAAAAAAAAAUGCAUGGUGAAUGGAAUUCAAUGGUGUUCUGGUUGUCA